AAAAAUCAGAAAACUUGAAAAGUUAGGAAACUUCUUACUUUAUGCGCUUUGAUUGUUUUUGAACCACAAAUUCUUCUUCAUGGUGCUAGAAAGCCAAGGAAAGGAGUAAUCUGAACGUUGACAAUUUAAUAUUGUUGAAAUGGGUAUCCAAGGUUUGCUACCUUUUGUAAAAAACGCUUGUCGUCCAGUCAACAUUUCUGAGUUUUCUGGUGCUGUUGUUGCCGUGGAUGGGCAUUGUUGGUUGCAUCGAGCAGUUUAUUCUUGCGCCGAGCAGCUGGUUAAGGGACAAGCCACAACACAAUACGUUUCAUUCUGUAUGAAAAUGAUCGAACUUCUGAAAAAGCACGGAAUCCGGCCCAUUAUUGUCUUCGAUGGUCAUUCUCUUCCCGCGAAAAACGGCAUUCACAAACAGCGGACUGAGCGCCGCGAGCUGAUGAAACAGAAAGGGGAACAAUACGAAAUGCAAGGAAACCAUAAAGAAGCGCGUCAGUGCUUUGGUCAGAGUUACAGCAUCACUCCUAGUAUGGUUUUAGAAGUUAUCAAGGCCUGCAAAAGCGCUGGAGUGGAUUGUUUAGUAUCGCCGUUCGAAGCGGAUGCACAGUUAACGUACUUACUGAAUGAAGGAUACGUUCAUUUCGUGAUCACGGAAGAUUCCGAUCUCAUUCCUUUCGGAUGCAAACGGAUCUUUUUCAAACUGGAUCCCAACGGCAGUGGCUUGUUCUAUGAAAGACACAAUCUUCAUAAAUGUUUGGGAAAUCGAGCUAAACUUCUGUUGUCUCCCGGAAGAAGCAGUGAUGAAAUGCUGUUUACACGAUUUCGCUAUGCCUGUAUUUUGACGGGAUGUGAUUAUUACCCGGGAGGAUUUAACGGUCUCGGGCUGUACAAAGCGUCCAAGGUUGUGAUGGGUUGUAGCAAUAUUAUUUCUGUUGACCGGAUGUUGAGCAGAUUGCCACAAUACCUCAACAACAUGCAUUUGGUUGUGACACCUGAAUUCAAAGCAAAAUUCAUGAGGGCGAAUUACACUUUUCUGUACCAAAUAGUGUUGGAUCCUGCGCAAAGAAAGCUGGUGCCGCUUCAUCCUCUGCCGGCUAAUCUGGACUCUCAUAAGCUGAAUUUUGCGGGACACGGUAUGUUAACGGAUACUGUAGCGUUUAAAAUUGCUGUCGGAGCCAUCCCUGUGGGACAAAAUGCGGAAAAUUCCUCCGAAGAAGAGUGGCGAUUUUCUCAGAUUACUUCUUCUCCGGUUGAUUUGGAACGACAAGCUACUGAUGGAAUAUGGUCCAAAACUUACCGAAAACCGAUGCCAUUUACAUCUCCUGUCAAGACUCCGCUGGUUAAAAGACGAAGCACCUUGGGAGAAACGGUGGUUCUCGAUGCCGAUCCUAUCGAUCAAAUGUCCGGUGCAUCUGGGGUUGAACUUUCGGAUUUGUCUAAAAAUCCCUUCACUUCGUCCUGUGAUGUGAAUCACUGCAAAAGAAAGUUGUGGACAAACGGCGUCGAAAACGGUCUGUUGGUGUCUCCGCAACCUUUAAAGAAGCGAAUGGUGUCCUUUUCGGCGGUUUCCACGAAACAGACUCGAUCUUUAAAAUAUCGCCCUAACACUACGGCAAAAAUGCAACUGGAAAAGCAGGGAGAUGUCGUUCAUAGCGGAUACUUCGCAAGCUCCGAUGAUUGUCUUAUAGUUGAACGUCUGCUGGAGUUACCCACAAAUUCAUGUAAAGAAACUGAACUGAAGCCCCUUUCUCAGUCGGUUGCGCCGGAUGUGUCACAGGAUGACGAUGACCUUGAGGUGAUCAUUUCCGGCAGUACCAAUUGUAAAGCGAACUCUCACAGCUCCGAAAAAGUCAGAUUAUCUGCCGUUGACGCGCACAAAAAAUCUGCCAGCCUACCAUCUAUGACAUAUCAGAAAGAUUGCUCAGUAAAUCGAAAAGUUUCUUUUGGCCAUCUUGCAUUUCAAAAGACAUUGUCCAUGUAAGAUUGAUUAUUUAAUUUCUGGUGAUCUGUACGAAUGUGGUUGCCGUGCCUUUCUUAUAAGCUGUUGAUCUGAAUUAUGAAUUUAUUUGUUGGCUUGUUUCAGUCGCCUACGACUGGCAGGUGGCUGGUAGUCUUGUGGAAUUGUUGCAUCUCAUUUGUACCUGAUUUUGUUUUCUGAUUUCCGUGAAACAGACACAGCCGCUUCAUCGCUUUCUUGUAAUUUGUACUAUUCAGUUUACGGAA